UCUUUCACAUACAUUAUAAUACAGAGAAGCUCGGGAGCUCUUCUCCCCACAUCCGCACAAUGCCUUCCGACCCCUACCAACACGAGUACAUUGACGAACACGGCGACUACAUCCCAUCCUCCACCUCUUCCACGAAUUACUUGGCAAAAUCAUCCUCUGUGUACGAGUCUUACGACAGCCACCCCACAUCAUCAUCGAGCUACCAUGACAACAAUUACUAUUACGAAAAUUCUGCCAUAUACGACGAUACCACAUCCACAUCUUCUGUUGGCUCGCCAUCCGACAUCAGCCAAGUGAUUGGCAAUGCCACCACCAGUGUCACGGCUAGUGCAACGGCCGACGGCAAACCCCAUGUAAUGUCUCUAGCGGGCGUUAUUGCCAUUGCUGUCGUUGGCACAUUAGUAAUAGUUGGCGCAGUAACUUUCUGUUGCUUUUACACCAGACGACGGAGAAGACUAAAUAAACUACCUGGUGAUGUUGUCGUGCCGACGCGAAAAAGUGAAGGAGGUGGCAGGGCGUUAGAGAGAAUUGAGACACCCACUCUUCACCCACCUUCAACCCUCCGUUCAAAUGUUCUCCGUCCUCCCUCUCAUCCUCGUAUGUCGCAUCGCGAUGUGAGAGAUGUUGUUUUACCUCAACGACCAUUACCGUCUGCCUACCCAUCUUCAUUCCCACACAUGUCAUCUCCAUUUGGCGACCCUUCUUCCUCUCCCACUUCCGGUAUCUCGCGUCGUCGUCCCGAAUCAGAGUACACUGAUAACUCUGAAUUCGACAUGCUUGCCCAAGACGGCUCGUCCUACGCGCGUACACUGUCUACAUACAGCGAGGGGGUUAAUUCUGAGUACUCUGAGCGUGAUCUCGGGACAUAUGUUGCGCCGUCGUCUCAGGCUACGGUUAUGGGGACACGUCCGAGACUGGCGGUGGACACGAAGACCAUGACAGAUGAGGGCAUGGCUACGUGGAACUACACUGCAGUUGAUUCCGGCGGCUCGAGCGGCUGGGAGUCAGUUCCGGGUUCUAGCUCUGUACAAGGGCGAAAUUUUGCCAUAUCACCCUUUGUCGACCCGCCUUACUCAACUUCGUCAUCUCAUCUUCCCCCGUCUCAGGCUCCAUACCUCUCUCAACCGUCUCCGUCCGUCGUUUCUGAUAGAUCGUGGAGGACCGAGGAUGAUGCAUUGCUCAUUGCCAGGGGAGGAAGCGUUGGAUCAGGAGCAAGGGCAGCAGGCGGAACCGGAAUGGGGUCGGGGUUAAGGAGAGGGAUGACACUAGUUAGGCAUACGGAUGCUGGUGUUGUAAAAGACGAAGUUCACCUUCCCCCGUCAUAUGGCGAAUUAUAUCCUUAAUAGUUUUAAUUUUAGAUUAUUGUUGGCUGUGUGCCAUUUCCGGGAUUUGGGUCUGGGUUUGGGGUCUUUUAUUAAUAUUAAGCGUAUAUUAGACACGCACGAUGUAUCAG